CGUGCUCUGCUCAGGCUGCAGCGGUGGCUUGUCACUGGUGCCUCAGCCAUGACACACAUUGGACAUACCUGCCCUCCCUUAACCGGCUCAUAGACCGUCUCUCUUGCCCUGCAGCAUGGACCAAAGAGAAAUUCUGCAGAAGUUCCUGGAUGGGGCCCAAAACAAGAACAUUCACAAAGAGGAGUUUGCCAUUGAAUUUCUGAAGCUGAAAAGACAAUCCACCAAAUACAAGGCAGACAAAACCUAUCCCACCGCUGUAGCAGAGAGGCCCAAGAAUAUCAAGAAAAACAGAUAUAAGGAUAUCUUGCCUUAUGAUCAUAGCCGAGUAGAGUUAUCCCUGAUAACCUCCGAUGAGGAUUCCAGUUACAUCAAUGCCAACUUCAUUAAGGGAGUCUAUGGACCCAAGGCUUACAUUGCUACUCAGGGACCUUUGCCUACCACUCUCCUGGACUUCUGGAGGAUGAUUUGGGAAUACAGUGUCCUGAUCAUUGUUAUGGCAUGCAUGGAGUUUGAAAUGGGGAAGAAAAAAUGUGAGCGCUAUUGGGCCGAGCCAGGACAGAAGCAACUGCAACUGGGCCCUUUUUCCAUAUCCUGUGAAGCUGAAAAUAAAAAGUCGGAUUACAUAAUCAGGACUCUAAAAGUCAAGUUCAACAGUGAAACUCGAACUAUCUACCAGUUUCAUUACAAGAAUUGGCCAGACCAUGACGUACCUUCAUCUAUAGACCCUAUUCUGGAGCUCAUCUGGGAUGUGCGUUGUUACCAAGAGGACGACAGUGUUCCCAUAUGCAUUCACUGCAGUGCCGGCUGUGGAAGAACUGGGGUUAUCUGUGCUGUCGAUUAUACAUGGAUGUUGCUAAAAGAUGGGAUAGUUCCUGAGAACUUCAGUGUUUUUAAUUUGAUCCAGGAAAUGCGAACACAGAGGCCUUCAUUGGUUCAAACUCAGGAACAAUAUGAACUGGUCUACAAAGCUGUCUUAGAAUUAUUUAAGAGGCAGAUGGAUAUUAUCAGGGAUAAACGCUCUGGAACACAGAUUCAAGCAAAGUAUUCAGUUCCUGAGCAAAAUACCACUCUAGACGCACAUUCUUAUUCUCCUAACUUCCCAAAAAGCAUAAAAGAAGCAAACAUGAUGAACCAAGAGAACAAACAAAGGAUAAGGAUGAAAAGUGCAGAAGCUUCUUCCUUUGACUGUAGGACUUCUGAAAUAAAUGAAAAGGAAGGGUUAGUUUUGCAUCCUGCUGGACAGGACAGUUCUUUUGAGUUUUUGGAGCUAAAUUGUGUUUGUAACAAAAAUGCUGACACCACCAUGAAAUGGGAGACAAAGGCAUGUCCAGUAGUUGGUGAGCCUCUUCAGAAGCAUCAAAGUUUGGACCUGAGCUCCAUUUUGUUUGGAACAUGUCCCAAUUCUAAACCUGUAAAUGCAGUAGGAAGAUAUUUCAAUUCAAAGGGGCCAAUAACGCGGACCCAGUCAACUCCCUUUGAACUGAUACAACAGACAGACGCCAAGGAGCGGGACAUCAAGGAACAUUUUUCUUAUUUGGAACCUCAACUGAAUAAUUCUUCUCUUGAGCAGGCUCAACAGGCUCAAAAAGUGAUGCAUGCUUCUUCAGCAGAACUGAAUAACUCAUUGUCAUAUGACUCGAAGCACCAAAUGUGUAAUGCUUCAAAUGCAACACUGUACGACUCUAAUGCUUUUAGUGUACAUUCUUACAUGUCUUUAGUAGAAGAUCCUUAUUUUCCACCAUUGUCUCCAAGUAGUGCUGGUUCUAAGAUGUCUCUUGAUUUACCUGAGAAACAAGAUGGAACUGUGUCACCUUGUUCUUUGUUGCCAACAUCCUCUACAACCCUUUUUUCUCAUUACAAUUCCCAUGAUUCGUUAGCACUGAGUCCUCCAAGAAAUUUUUCCCCAACACUGAACCAAGAGACAGGAGUAGUGGCAACUUCUGCAAGGAUAGAUGAUGAAAUCCCCCCUCCACUUCCUGAAAGGACUCCUGAAUCUUUUAUUGUGGUAGACGAAGCUGGAGAAUUCCCACUCAGUGUUCCCAAAUCUUUAUCUUCAGCUGUGAAGGCAAAAAUUGGAACGUCACUGGGAUGGAGUGGAGCAUCUGAAUCAAACAAAGCAGAUGACUCUGGGAGACUCAGGCCCAGCAAGAGUGUAAAACUCCAGAGUCCCAAAUCAGAUACAUGUCAAGAUCGGUCUUCUUCUCCCCCACCUCCACUCCCAGAAAGAACCCGAGAGUCCUUUUUGCUUGCUGAUGAAGAUGAUAUGCAGGUUCCACCUAUAGACGCUUACCCUACUCGCUAUCCUAACACCAUGGAAAAUUCAACAUCUUCAAAACAGACAUUGAAGACUCCUGGAAAAAGUUUCACAAGGAGUAAGAGUUUGAAAAUUUUGCGAAACAUGAAAAAGAGUAUCUGUAAUUCUUCCUCACCAAACAAGCCUGCAGACUCUGUUCAGUCAAAUAACUCCAGCUCUUUACUGAAUUUUGGAUUUGCAAAUCGUUUUUCAAAACCCAAAGGACCAAGGAACCCACCAGCAACUUGGGAUAUUUAACACAGCUUUGGACCUGCAAAUAAAAUGACUAGAAUACCGCAAGCUAAAAUAAGUACUCUAUAUUCAUACUAUCAACAAUGAAGAUAUGGUAAUGUGUUGAUAGCUUUUAAAAGAAAAGCAAUACGCAAAUAAGUGCCAGAAGUUUUACAUUUAGUCACCUUUACAGUGGGUUCGAAACCGCAAAAAAGUCUGUCACUGGAGCUUAUGUAGAGAAUGCUGUAUGAGAAAGUUUUAGAAUGGACUUAUUUUUCAUUUUCAGAAUUUAUUUUUAUUUGACUUUACUUUUCUAUAUAAAUAUAAACUUUAAAAGAUUUGUAAGAACUGGAUCUCAAUUAAAUGUCUACAUUGCCAGAAUUUACUAUAAAAAAUGUCUUAAAAAAUCUUGUGGUUUUAGUAUAAAAUUAUUGCUUUUGAGAAUAAUUUUUGCCUAAAUGGAAUGUACCUUGCAUAUCUUCCCAAAUGUUGUGGAAACUAUAGAGAAGUUACAUUUAAGAGAAUAAAAUAUAUAAAUAAUUACCGUAAUAAUUUAUUUGUAUAUACCAACUAACAAGAUGUUUAAUUACAUUCCUGGUAAGUUUUAACCAGUUAUUCAAUUACCAAAUCUAGAAUACUACUAAAAUAGUUCUUUUGGUAGCAUUUUCUUCACUUCAAAGAUUCUAUAUAAACAUGUGCAACUUAUAUCCAACCAAUCAGAGGUACUACUAAUUAAAAAUUUUUUUCUGUAUGAAUAUGGAUCUGCCAUAAUUUAAGACUAUCUGCUCUUUCAAAUGUAAUUUUAAGUAACAAGUAAGUCAGUGGGUAUUACAAAGGGUCUCCCUAAGUCCUAAUGAUUUAAGUUUUUAAAAACUAAAAGUUUAUAACUUUUAGAAGCAUGAAAUGGUACUUAAAACAGCAUUUGUCCUUCAAUAUUUUUCAUUUAGAAAGCCUAAUGAAGACGCAAAUUGGAUAAAAUAGUUACUUGUUUAUUGUAGUAUAAUGUACACAACUGGUAUUCAAUGAACUCUGUUUUCAAACUAACUUUCCUGUAGUGUUCAUUCCGCUGAACACUUCUCCAGGCACCGGGGGUUAACAAACCACGGUAAUUUCAUCUGAGUACUUCAUUGGAAUCAGUUAUUUCCAAAUAUUUUUAUCAAGGACCAAAUAUGUUAAAAGAAUCUUAGGUACAAGUGGAAGUGACGGUGAAAUUGUCAAUGAAUUUUUGAACGGAAACCUUGGUGAAGAGCCCUGACAACUUCUGGAGUGUUCUCUGGUAGACACACUUCUCAAAUAUAUGCAACUUUAUCCUUACAACUAGAAAAACCUUAAAA